AUGCCACGUAUAAGAACUAUGAAUUCAAGAAAGCCACCUGAAGGUUGGCAUAAGGUUGAGUCCUUUUUAGAAGAAAUGAAUAAACAAAUGAGAAGUUUGGAAAAUGAAGAUACUUCUAAAAAAAGGAAAAAUGAAAUAUUGUGGCCAAUUUUUCAAAUAAACCAUAAAACGUCUCGUUAUAUAUAUGAAUUAUAUUAUAAAAGGAAAGAAAUAUCAAGAGAGUUAUAUGAUUAUUUAGUUCAAGAAAAGUACGUAGAUGGAGCUUUAAUUUCUAAAUGGAGAAAGCAGGGAUAUGAAAAUUUGUGUUGCUUAAAAUGUAUACAAGUAUCAGACAGUAAUUUUAGUAAUACUUGUAUAUGUAGGGUGCCAAAAAGUGAUUUAGGAAAUAAGGUAUUACAAUGUGUAAAUUGUGGAUGUAGGGGUUGUGCAAGUGGAGAUAAUUAA